UCAGCAUCGGCCGAAUCUCCGCAAUCAGCCACUUGGACUUCGUUCCUUGACUCAAUCCAAGCCAGAGCCAGCUUCCCCGGCUUGACACUUGGUAUUUAUCCCCCAUCUCCUCUCAUUUCUUGAGCUCUGCUCCUUGACGGACUCCGGGGACUGUUGGCUCUGACGAGGGUGGUUCUGAAGCGACUGGGAGGACGCCCUUUUCACCAAUACUCAGCGCUCUCACCCGUCGCUAAACCCCGACCUCGUACAUAUAUCAACUCACCGUCAACUCCUGGCCGAUUCAUCACCAACAUGGCUCGGUCGCUUGCUUCCAGACGGCUCUGGGGUGCCGCAUCCCUCUCAUAUUCCACCCAAUCAGUGUGCUUGUCAUGCCGGGCGACCGUCAGAGGAUUGUCCUCGUCUAGACGGCUCACCUCGUCCCAGACGGAGGCACAGAACAAGCUACUGGGGGACCAUCUCAAGGAGGCAGACCCGGAGAUCUAUCAGAUAUUACAAAAUGAAAAAUCGAGGCAGAAGCAUUUCAUCAACCUGAUCCCCUCGGAGAAUUUCACGUCUCAAGCAGUGCUUGAUGCAUUGGGCAGUAUUAUGCAGAACAAAUACUCCGAGGGCUACCCGGGAGCACGCUACUACGGUGGCAAUGAGUACAUUGAUGAGUCCGAACGACUAUGUCAGAAACGAGCUCUCGAGACAUAUCGCCUCAACCCUGAAGAAUGGGGAGUCAAUGUCCAGCCCUUGUCUGGUUCUCCUGCCAACUUGUACGCCUACUCGGCACUCCUUGCUUCUCACGAGAGGAUCAUGGGUCUUGACCUUCCUCACGGUGGACAUCUAUCCCAUGGCUACCAGAUCCCCAGCAAGAAAAUCUCCAUGGUUUCCAAAUACUUUGAGACGUUCCCGUAUCGAUUGGACGAAUCCACCGGCCUGAUUGACUAUGCCAAACUACACGAGAACGCGAUUCUGUACCGGCCCAAGAUCAUCGUCGCAGGCACCUCGGCCUAUAGUCGACUGAUCGACUACGAACGCAUGCGAGCCAUUGCGGACGACGUAGGCGCCUAUUUGUUGUCUGACAUGGCUCACAUUUCCGGACUGGUAGCGGCAGAUGUGAUUCCCAGCCCGUUUGUCUAUUCGGACGUGGUGACCACGACCACCCAUAAAUCGCUGCGAGGACCUCGCGGGGCCAUGAUCUUCUACCGCAAGGGCGUGCGUCGGACGACCAAGAAAGGCGAGAAGGAAAUGUACGAUCUUGAGGGACCCAUCAACGCCUCAGUCUUCCCCGGCCAUCAGGGCGGUCCACACAACCACACGAUUACGGCGCUGGCCGUCGCGUUGAAACAGGCCCAGACUAAGGAAUUCAAGGAGUACCAGAAGACGGUGCUUGCCAAUGCAAAGGCGCUGGCUGAACGACUCGGCAACUCCGCCUACACGGGCGGGCUGGGCUACACCAUUGUUAGCGGAGGCACCGACAAUCACUUGGUGCUCGUGGACCUGAAGUCCAAGGACAUUGACGGUGCGCGCGUCGAGCGCGUCCUGGAGCUGUGCGGCGUGGCCGCCAACAAGAACACCGUCCCCGGCGACAAAUCGGCCCUAAAGCCCGGCGGUUUGAGAAUGGGCUCUCCUGCCAUGACGACUCGAGGCUUCCAGCCUCAGGACUUUACCCGUGUCGCCGAGAUCGUCGACCGCGCCGUCUCCAUUGCUGUCAAUGUCGACAAGAAAGCCCGCUCCGACGCCGAGUCUAAGGGAAAGAAGAACCCGCGCGCCGUCAAGAGUUUCCUCGAAUAUCUCAAGGACGGCACCGAUGUGCCGGACAUCUUGACCCUGAGGAAAGAAGUCGAGGACUGGGUUGGAACCUUUGCUGAGCCGUGGAACAAAGAUUGAGCGAGUCAUCAACUGACCGCUCGGUCAAGUCAUGUGUUGAUGUAUUGAUCAUCGAUUAGGGUUCGCGAGGUGAAUCAUGGUAUAAGCUGAGCUACAUACAUACACAUCACGUCCCAUGUGCUCAAAGACAUGGAUGCUGAAGUGCCAGUGAUCACUGGUCAGUGGUCGACGACCAAUAGUCAAAUUCCCCGCUGCAGUGAGUGGCUCUUGACAAGUCUCGGUCCUGUAUCUUCAAGACCGGUGUGGUUUGAAGCUGCAUUGCAUCUCAGGCUGGAAGCUGUCGGUGUUAGUAUACCUACCAGGUAGUAUUAGUGUGCGUUGCAGUGCGGUGUAAUAAUGUAAUCGAUUUGGUCGCAAGCUUUCUUCAAAUUGAACAGACAAGAUUACCUUCAGUUGAUGGCCGCUUUCC